AGAGACGGGUGACUGACAGGCAGCGGAAGAGGAAGCCGAGGGCUGGGCUGUGAGGUGGCAGCGGCUGCAAAGCAGAGCCCUCAGCCCACAACAGGGUGGGCUCACCCGCAAGGCGGCUUCGUCUGCCUUGGGGCUUGGGUGUUCCUGUCCCCCCUGACCGGCGUGACCUGAGAACCCGCUCGGUCCUGGUCUCCGCCGCGAGCUCCUUCCGCCGCCCGAGUUCGCAGAGCAAGCCAGCUGGACGCCGGGCCUUUUCUGCUGUCGUGGGACGUAGGCGAUUAAUUUCUGUCUCCAGACGGCUGGCUAGGACUCGCUCUGUGACUUCUUCUUGGGGCUGGCACGGGGCUGUGGUCGCCAAGGGAAAAAUAGGGCACUGGCUGGCGCAGGCGGGUGUCCUGUUGGAAGGUGGUGAGCCUCUGCUGGCCUUCCCAGACCCCCGCGUUUCCCUAACUGCUGCUGUCUCCCGGGUUGCUUUUGCUUUAUUUGGCUUUGUUUGAUAACCUCUAGCCACAGCGAGAGUGUAAUUUGUCUCCUGCUGCUCUUAGAACUGUGGGCAGCAUAGCCUUGCAGGACGUGUAGGAUGGCCAGCAAAAUGGCUCCAUCAGCCAUUGCGCUCCUCUGAGAGGCCAGCUGUGCUGAGUCACUGCGACUGUUCUUCUCAUUUGGGUGGGCAGGUGGGUGGGCAUCAUGCAUGGCUGGUGAUCUUAGCUGACAAGGAGGGGAUUUCUAGAGUCUGUGGAUUUCUUUGACACUCAGGAGCAGGGUGGAAGGAGGCACUGACCCUUCUGUAGUGCUAGCCUGUAGCAGCAGUAGGUCAGCCGUCCCUUCUGGGGCCUGAGGAGACACAGUGGGCCAGGAUAUCUGCAGGAUAGGACAGGGUGGCUGAGGCAGGCCCUUUUGGUCGAAUUGUUUGAAUGGUGCAUGCGUUUUACCGUAAGCCCUGCGUCAUUAGGUGCUGCUGACUUGAAUUAGGCUCUUGCUUCAAAUGGCUGUAGACCUUUUAGGUUUGGCAGUACGGCACUUUCUUAUUUCUUUUUACUGGACUACAGACUGCAAUCCUAGUAGUGAGUGGCAUUGUUCGUAUAGACAUUAGUAUUUUAUUGAGUGUUUCAGCACCAUGGCCACUGAAGACCAGACAUAGGGAGUUGGGAAGACUUCGUGGGGAUGCUGGGCCUGGAAGUCGACACACAUUGCUCCUUUCUCUGUUGCUGACCUCAUUGACUUAAGGUUCUCUGAUUAAAACCGUGGGGCUACUGCUGGCCUGGGGCCCAUCAACCUACUAAUUCUUGAGACUGUGCCCCUAGGGCACCCUGUGUCAGGGCCUGCCACCAUGCGACUGAGUUCCCUGUUGGCUCUGCUUCGGCCAGUGCUCCCCCUCAUCCUGGGACUGUCUCUGGGAUGCAGCCUGAGCCUCCUGCGGUUUUCCUGGAUCCAGGGUGAGGGAGAAGAUCCCUGUGUAGAGGCUGUGGGGAAGCCAGGGGAGCCACAGAAUCCAGACUCAAAAAAUGGGCUGGACCAAAGCGAUGAAGACUUCAAACCCAGGAUUGUCCCCUACUACAGGGAUCCUAACAAGCCCUACAAGAAGGUGCUCAGGACUCGGUAUAUACAGACAGAGCUGGGCUCUCGUGAGCGCCUGCUGGUGGCUGUCCUGACUUCUAGAGCCACGCUGUCCACCCUGGCCGUCGCUGUUAACCGUACAGUAGCACAUCACUUCCCUCGGUUACUCUACUUCACUGGGCAGCGAGGGGCCCGGGCUCCCGCAGGGAUGCAGGUGGUGUCUCAUGGAGAUGAGCGGCCUGCCUGGCUCAUGUCAGAGACCCUGCGCCAUCUUCACACACACUUUGGGGCAGACUAUGAUUGGUUCUUCAUCAUGCAGGAUGACACAUAUGUACAGGCCCCCAGAUUGGCAGCUCUUGCUGGUCACCUUAGCAUCAACCAAGACCUGUACUUAGGCCAUGCAGAGGAAUUCAUUGGUACAGGCGAGCAGGCCCGGUACUGCCAUGGGGGCUUUGGCUACCUGUUGUCACGGAGUCUCCUGUUGCGUUUGCGGCCGCAUCUGGAUGGCUGCCGAGGGGACAUUCUCAGUGCCCGGCCUGAUGAAUGGCUUGGCCGCUGCCUCAUCGACACUCUGGGCAUCGGCUGUGUCUCACAGCACCAGGGGCAACAAUAUCGCUCCUUCGAACUGGCCAAGAAUAGGGACCCUGAGAAGGAGGGGAACCCUGCUUUCCUGAGUGCCUUUACCGUUCACCCUGUCUCUGAGGGUACCCUCAUGUACCGGCUCCACAAGCGCUUCAGUGCUCUGGAGUUGGAGCGAGCUUACAGUGAAAUAGAACAACUGCAGGCUCAGAUCCGGAACCUGACGGUGCUGACCCCUGAGGGAGAGGCAGGGCUAAGCUGGCCUGUUGGGCUCCCAGCCCCUUUCACUCCACACUCUCGCUUCGAGGUGCUGGGCUGGGACUACUUCACGGAGCAACACACCUUCGCCUGUGCAGAUGGGGCUCCCAAGUGCUCGCUGCAGGGGGCUAGCAGGGCAGAUGUCGGGGAUGCAGUGGACACUGCUCUGGAGCAGCUCAAUCGGCGCUAUCAGCCCCGCCUGCGCUUCCAGAAGCAGCGGCUUCUCAAUGGCUACAGGCGCUUUGACCCUGCGAGGGGCAUGGAGUACACCCUCGACUUGCUACUGGAAGCUGUGACUCAGCGAGGACACCGACGCUCUCUGGCCCGCAGAGUGAGCCUGCUGAGGCCACUGAGCAGAGUGGAAAUCCUGCCUAUGCCCUAUGUCACUGAGGCUACCCGGGUGCAGCUAGUGCUGCCGCUCUUGGUGGCUGAAGCUCCAGCCGCCCUGGCUUUUCUUGAGGCCUUUGCUGCCAGUGUGUUGGAGCCUCGAGAACAUGCAUUGCUCACCCUGUUGUUGGUCUAUGGGCCCCGGGAAGGCCGCGGGGGCCCUGACCCAUUUCUCGGAGUGAAGGCUGCAGCAGCGGAGUUAGAACGCCGGUACCCUGGGGUGAGGCUGGCCUGGCUUGCUGUGCGAGCAGAGGCCCCUUCCCAGGUGCGACUCAUGGAUGUCAUCUCCAAGAAACACCCUGUGGACACACUCUUCUUCCUUACCACCGUGUGGACAAGACCUGGGUCGGAAGUCCUCAACCGCUGCCGCAUGAAUGCAAUCUCGGGCUGGCAGGCUUUCUUUCCAGUCCACUUUCAGGAGUUCAACCCUGUUCUGUCACCACAGAGAUCUCCCCCAGGUGUCCCUGGGGCUGUCCCUGACCCCCCAUCCCCUGGUGUGGACCCUUCUCGGGGGGCUCCAGUCGGGGGCAGAUUUGACCGUCAGGCAUCAGCAGAGGGCUGCUUCUACAAUGCUGACUACCUGGCAGCCCGGGCUCGGCUGGCUGGUGAACUGGCAGGCCAGGAAGAGGAGGAAGCCCUGGAGGGGCUGGAGGUGAUGGAUGUUUUCCUCCGGUUCUCAGGGCUCCACCUCUUUCGAGCCGUAGAGCCAGGGCUGGUGCAGAAGUUCUCCCUACGGGACUGUAGCCCCCGGCUCAGUGAGGAACUGUACCACCGUUGUCGCCUUAGCAAUCUGGAGGGUCUGGGGACCCGUACCCAGCUAGCCAUGGCUCUGUUUGAACAGGAGCAGGCAAACAGCACUUAGCUUCUCUACCCCAGUGUCUGCCAUAGCCCCAGGAAGGGCAAGGCAAGGUGAUGGACAGAUGGAGGGCUUGUCACUGUAUUUUUUUAAGAAUAAGAAAUGUUAUUAAAAGUAUCUUCUGCCAAACUGUU